UCCUGCCCGGCCCCCGGCAUGAUCGGAGGCUCGAAGCCGAAGGUGGCGACGCCGCAGGUGGUGAACAAGAUCGAGCAGUACAAGCGCGAGAACCCGACCAUCUUCGCGUGGGAGAUCCGCGAGAAGCUGAUCUCGGAGAGCGUCUGCACCAACUCCACCGCCCCGUCCGUCUCCUCCAUCAACAGAAUCCUCAGAAACCGCGCCGCAGAGCGCGCCGCGGCGGACUUCGCGCGCGCCGCGGGAUACGGGCUGUACAACCCCUACGCCGCGGCCGCCUCCAUGCCGUGGGCCAACCCCGCCGCAGCCGCAGCCGCCGCCGCCGCCUCGUCCCCCAUCUGGGGCGCCGCCGGAGUGCCGCACCCGGGCAUCCCUUCGGCCGCCUACUCGCCCUCCGCCGCCGCCGCCCUCGGCCUCCACCCCGCCCACGCCGACAAGCUGAACCUCGCGCCCUCCGUGCAGCCCCACCUCGACCACAGACCAGAAGACGUCGACUGCAGCGAGUCCCGAGGCGAGGGCUCCAGCAGCGACUGCGGCGACGACCGGCCGCCCACCGCCUCCUCCGCCCCGCCCACGCCCGCCUCGCCCACCUCCUCUUCCACGCCCGCGCCCACCAGCAAGAGCAAGAUCAGCUUCAGCGUCGAGUCCCGCCUCCUGGCCUCCCCGCCGCCCUCCUCCGCUCACCAGGGCCCCACGCCCGCAAGCCCAGCGCACCCCACGCCCACGAACCACGGCCAGCCUACCCAGCCCACGCCCGAGGUCGGCCCCUUGGUCGCGCGGGCGGUGCCGGGCUGGCGCUAUCCCCGGUACCACCCGUGGCUGCACAACCUCACCCGGUAGAGCCACGGGCGACCGCGCCCACGCCCGCGCGUCCACGGCGGCCCAACGCGCCGCCCUUCUACACAGAACGCUAAACCUCAUAACUACAAACCUCAUUACUCGAAACUAAAAUCAUGUAAACCCAUAUUCUAUUAACAAAAAUGACAAAAAAUAACUCAUAACCAAAAAAAUAAAUAAAUAAAUAUCGAUUUUUUUUUUUACAUACGAGAGAGAUGGAAAUUCUCGGUCUGUAAUAAUCAAAAUAACGUCCUAAUCAAAGUUAUCCUUGUCAUGAACAACGUCUGUUGCGAGAAAGUCCAGUUGUUCAGCACCAGAACAAGAACAGCAGAGGAACACCGACCACCCGUUCACAUGUACAGUGAAGAACGCUCGCGAACAAAGCUCACGUCAUCGAAACGAACACCGCACAACGAACACCGUAAAGAGACAUCGCACCAAAAGCAUAGAAAACGGAACCCAGCGAACGGACCGACACCUAAGUUCGGUAGCUCGUUUAAAGUAAACAAAAAAAAAAAAGUCAGUUUAUUAAAUAACUUCUAACACACCCAUGAAUUUCCCUUUACAUCUGUAACUGCGCAGGGAACGCUAAGAAAAUAAUAAUGAAGCUAAUCAUUUGCAUUCAGGCUACAUAGAAGGAUUUGUGCUGGUAAUGAUCUUGUUCCUGAUUGGACAACAUAAUGGAGUGGGCGGUGCCAAUUGUGCGUUCCUCCUGAUUGGCUGAACUGAGAGAAAAACAAAAGAAGGAGGCGAGAAGCAGAGCGAAGAAGCCAGAGACAAAAAAGAAUAUAUAUAUAAAAAAAAGUACAUCAGGUAGCCUACAAAGUAAAAUAAGAAGAAUUACAUCAUAAUAAUAACGCAGAAAGAUACGUGUUAUAAAACUAAUAUAUUCACAAGGGUAUGUUUAGUGCAGACAAGGAUAACAAAGAGACGAAUCUGACGAGUGUGCGCCAAAAUGAUAAUUUCUGUAAUAUUCUAGGACCACAUGAACAUUUGAUAUUUUUUCGUUCCAUUCCAGUGUUAUUGAAGUUAUUACUAUAUGUUUUUUUUUAUAUACAAAUAUAUUAUUAGAUAGACAUUAAAAGAGAGAUAAAAUGGAAUCAAGGAUCGGUUUUUGUCUUGUGCCCUUACACAUACGAGGUUACACGAUUUUCGAAAAACGUGUCUCCAGUCACUAGUCUGUAAGUGGACCAAGUACGUUUUUUUUAUUAUUAUUAUCAUUAUUAUCUUUAUUAAUUAUAGUAUUUUACCACAAAAAGGAACCUGUUAGAUAGGAUGUAAGCAUUGUAAAUAAGGUGUAUCUUGUAAGUUUUUUUUGUAAAGAAAAGAAACCUGUGUAAUGUGAGAAUUCUGUAAAUACUUUGCGUGCCAACUUUUAGUCUAUUGUCCACGGCUAUUAUUUAAAUACACUGAGAAAAAUAAA